CGAAAUUUUGAGCACAAGGGCAGUCUCGGAGGGGGUCUUAGCUCAUGGUCACCACAGAGUAUAUCAGAUGCCCCGGUUUGUCUUGUUUGAUUUUCCAAUUCCGCUCUGCUUAUUCCAAUCAACCCUCGGUCACAUAUGUACCCCGUCUCUCCCAAUCACUUUCACCUUCUACACGCGAUCUCGCAAGGUCUCUCUUGACUACAUUAGAAGACCGGAUUUAAUUGAUCUGCUACGCUCAAUCAAUGGUUUUCCAAAUUGUUCGGAGACGCCUCGGCGUCUCGCGACUCCCAAACACAACCAUCCGAUUUUCUCCCCGUCGCACCCUCAUCCCCGCCCCAGCUGCCAAUUCCGGCCCUAUAACAGAACGUCGAGCAGACCGUGAACUCCCCUCCGUAAACUCUGAGGGCCGGCGAUGGAUCCGAACUUUGCCGAUUUUCGCAGUGGUUGUAGGCGCCGCCAUGCUCGGCAUCUUCAACUACCAAAAGUCUUCUUCAAGUGUUGUGAGUAGCACUUUGUAUGCUCUUCGGACCUCACCUCGUGCGCGAGAAAUCCUGGGCGAUCAGAUCUACUUUGCGCAGAAGAUUCCAUGGAUUAGCGGGGAGAUGAAUCAGCUACAUGGGCGGAUUGAUAUAUCUUUUUGGGUGAAAGGGACGAAGUCACAAGGGAAAAUGAAGUUCAAGAGCAUUCGGCCGGACCGUAUGAGUUUUUUCCGCACCGAAGAAUGGAGCUUGGAGACAGAAGACGGGAAUGUGAUCCAGCUCCUAGAGAAUAAUUACGACCCAUUCCUCCAGGAAUGAGCAAAUGUCGGGAACUAGAAACGACUGCUAGAGCAAUUUUUAUACGGCCCCCUCCCAAACUAUAUUUGGAUAUUCCUUGCGCAUUAGGUCGAGGCGUUCGGGCUGUGCAUUUAUUUAUUCGUUAUAGCGAACCUUGAACAGGAACAGCUGAUUUGGCCAGAGAAAAAUGCAACUAAAAAAAUGAGGAUAUAAUUUAUGUAUCAUACAGACGCCAC